CUCCAGUGCAGCCCCUUUCGACGUGGUUCCACCCGCCCCUUCUCGGGGGCCACGGGAGGUCUUCAUGGCGUCCUCAGCAGUGGCCGAUAGCUUUCAGACCCGAGAAGAUGCCAAAAAGCAGAAGGCCCUACAGGAGGCCCGAGCGGCCGGAACCGCGGCGCCCGAGACGGAUGAGUUCACAGGAAAGAUGAUUAACCCGCAUAACCCGGAGUUCAUCACCAAGGCUCCUUGGUACUUGAACCAAGACAAACCCUCCUUGAAGCACCAUCAAGCUUGGAAUGCCAAGUCCAUGGGCACCAGAGACUGGUACAUUCGAGGUACCAAGGGUGAUGUCAAGACCAAGUUCAUCAAGGGUGCUUGUGAAAACUGCGGCGCCACCACGCACACCAAGAAGGAUUGUGUGGAGCGGCCACGUGCGGUCACAGCGAAGCAAAAUGGGAAGAACCUCAUGCCCGAUGAGUACAUCAUGGAGCUGAACUUGGACUACGAUGGUAAGCGAGAUCGAUGGAACGGGUUUCAGCCGGAUGACUACAAGCAGGUCAUUGAGGAGUGGGAGCGUGUGGAAGCAGAGCGGCGAAGGGUCAAGGCGGCCGAGAUGGAGGAGCGCGCCAAGCUGAAGGAGCGUUUGAAGGCACAGAAGCGGCUCCUGAAGAAAAAGCGCAAGCAGCGGAGGCGGCAGCUGCGGCGCCAGGCUGAAGGUAAGGAGGAUGACACCGACACCGGAGAUUCAGACACGGGCGACUCUGAUACCGACACCGACACCGAUAGCGACAGCGAGGCCUCCGAUGACGAGGAUCUGGGUGAGAAGCUGAAAGACUUUGACAAGUCCACUUCCACGGUGGCCGCCAAAGACGACAAGCUUCGGACCACCACGAGGAAUCUUCGAAUUCGAGAAGAUACGGCCAAGUACUUGCUGAACCUGGACGUCAACUCUGCCUUCUACGACCCCAAAUCCAGGUCAAUGCGCCAAGAUCCGCUGGCUCACCUCAAGGAUGAAGAGAAGGGCACCACCUUCCGCGGUGACAACUUCCUGAGGCAAUCCGGCGACUCCAAAGCAUUGACGGAGCUCAUGUGUUUCGCCUGGGAUUCCUACAAGCACGGUGAGAAGAUCCAUGACACGGCGCAGCCGACGCAAGCGCUCAAGAUGUUUGAGGUCUACAAGAACCGUGCCACCAACUUGAAAGAGCAGCAGCAAAAAGAGCUCUUGGACAAGUACGGUGGAGAAGAGCACAUGGAGGCGCCGCGUGAGCUCAUCUUCUCGCAGAACGAGAACUACGUAGAGUAUGCCCGAGAUGGUCGAGUCUUAAAGGGCUCUGAACGGGCUUUGACCAAGUCCAAGUACGAGGAGGAUGUCCUCAUAGGCAACCACUCCUCCACAUGGGGGUCCUGGUUUGAUGCCGCCACUGGCAGGUGGGGCUUUGCAUGUUGUCAUCAGUGCAUGAAGAACUCCUACUGCGUGCCCAUCCAGAAGGCCGAGCUUGAGGCUGGCGCAGAACCGGAAGAUGAAGGACCUGGGCCCGAGCCUGCGGAGCCUGCGGAGCCUGCGGAGCCUGCCGCGCUCGGCGACGCCGCGACCUCCGCGGUCCAGCCUGGCGAGGCGGCGUCAGCGCCCAGCAAGCUGAGUGAAAUGAGGACCUCUGCGUUUGGCCAUGUCCUCGAGGAGGCGGAAGACCUGGAUGAGAAGAAGCUGGCGGAUGCAGUGCAGCAAGCCAAAAAGAAGCAGAAGCUGGAGCGAAAAGAGGGCCGCAUGACCCUGGACGAUGAACGAAAUCGUCCAUACAAUUCCUUGGCCGGAGAAGCCCUUGCGGGCGAGAUCAGCCCCGAGGAAUACGAGGCCUAUCGGCUAACUCGCCAGCGCGCGGAUGAUCCAAUGGCCAAGUUCCUGUGAGUCCCUCUGCGGCGCCGACUCCAAUCCGUGGUGAGCAAAGCUCACGAGAGGAA